CGCCACUCUACAGCUGACACCGCGCCUCUUACGUUAACUGUUGUUAUUUCCAUUUUUAAUGAAAAAAUAAACAAGAGAAUACACUAAAAAGUUAAUCAACAACAUGGAGGACACACUGGACGGGGACACCGGCUCCCGCAAGGAUCUCAUAUUGGAUCGCAUUAACAAGCGCGACAAGGACAGGAAAAACUAUUUGGAUGUCAAGUCGGAGCAGCGCUCCAAGGAGACUGUCCAGAACGAGGGCGUGGAUUACUUUGCGCAAACAUUUGGCCAGCGCGCCUACGACAUUGAGAAGAGCAUCCUGAUGCUGGACAUGAACAGUGGCGAUGCACCGCUGCCGGAUCUCAGCAAGCGGCUGCCAGAGAUCACCGUUCAGAUACAGGAACUGCAGCGUUAUCUAACCGCUUCGACGAUGUUUCUCUCGGACUUCAAAAUCAAAUCUUGUCAGAAUAUGCUAAAUGCAUUGACCAGCAGCAACGAUGAGGCACGCCAGCGGUUGAUGCCCAAGAAGAAGUUUGGUUUUAGUGGCAAGAAGACUGCGCCCAAGCAAAAGCCGCUGCCGGUGGUCGUUGAUGGGGAGCCACAGGAGAAGAAGACACCAAAGAAGGAGCAGAGCGGCAGCAACUUCACUUGGACCAUUGCCAAUCGCCGAAAUGCGCACAUUGUGCUGACCGCAGACGAAGUCAAUGGCCAGGACAUUACCAUUUCCAAUUUAAGUGAAUGUCUGGUUGAGCUGCAGGGACAUCCCGGCUCUGUGCAGAUCUCCAAGGCCACGCAGUGCACCCUGCUCUGUGGGCCGGUGGCACGUUCCUUCUUUGCCGAGCAACUGGAUCGCUGCACCGUGGCCAUUGCCUGUCAGCAGCUGCGACUGCACUCCUCCCAUUCCACGCGCAUCUAUCUGCAUGUCACCUGUCGCGCCAUCAUCGAGGACUGCAAGAAAAUCGAAAUUGGGGAGUUCAACUACGACUACCCGGAGCUAGAGGCGGACUAUGCUGCUUCUGGACUGAAUAAAUCCCAGAAUAACUACACGGAUGUGGCAGACUUUAAUUGGCUGUCGCCGGAUGUGCACUCGCCCAACUGGAGCCUGCUCAAGGAUCAUCCGGCACCCAAUUGGAAUGCCCUGCGUCGCGAUUUUCUCAGCAAUAAUAAUAAUAAUAAUGAUAAGGAAGAGAAGGAGACGAGCACGAUUAUAUAGUGGCGGCGUCGGCGGCUGCUCUUGACCGUUGUGGCCUAUGCCCUGCUGCUGGGCUGGCUGCUGCUGGAGCUGCUGCUGCCGCUGCCGCUGGUGCCUCCCACGACUGGCACUCGCACUCGCAUGUAAAUAGAUAAUAAGUGCAUGAAAAUUAGAAUAUAUAUAUAACCCCGCCCCUGUUUUCGGCAAAUGUAUUCCCCCCAACUCAAA